UUCUCGGAGUGACCAGCAGUGGACCUGCAAGGACUUAUCCAAUGAAUGGCGACACUCAAGGACAUGACCAUAGGUCUUCAGUGAGGAAGAACUGGGGUUGCUGGACGCUGCUCGGAGGAAGCUGUACUGUGACGUGAUGCUGGAGAACUUCAGGAAUGUGGUGUCACUGGGGCAUCAGACCGGGACUCCAGAUGGUUUGCUCGGGCUCAAGAGAGAAGACGUGUUUUGGAUGUUGACAGUGGCUAGCUGGAGCAGGGAAUCUACAGGAGACAAGAAUCCUGAGGAGAUGGAGUCUCUUGAGGAAGUGGGAUUGAGGCACCUGCCACACGAGGCGCUUUUCUGCUCACAAAUCUGGCAGCAGUGUCUUGCACUUAAACUACGAUGGGGAAACGAAUCCAAGCAGAGUCACUGUUCUCAGCAUCUCACAGGAACCCGGAUGCUACUUCCAGCCUCUCUGCUCAUGCUUUGCAGCGGUGCACCAGGACAAGACAGAUUUGCUAAAGUGCAUAUAAUCACCAAAGAUGAAGGAUCCUGGGCUUUUAAUCUGUAAUGUUUCUAAGACUGUGUCAGUGUCAACAACAAAAGGAAGAAGUUUUGCAGAACAAAAGUGAUGAACACUUGAUAGUCUGAUCGAGGUAAAUAUUAUUCAUAGCAUAUAACCUAGUCCUUGCUCUCGCUGUUUCUAUGGCUUGGGCUUUGUGGCUCCUUCCAAGGCUCGGCUACAUCAUUCGCUAAGGGAUCACCUGGAUUAGGAGUGCUUAAGAAAGCCUGGAUUGACUGCAGAACUGCACAUCUGCAGUGCCAAGAACCGCUUAUCUUUCAAAAUAUCCCAACAUAGUCUCCCUGACUCCACGUAGGAGGAUGAAGAUUGGCGCUUUAGGUGCUGCUGUUGGGUGUGCGUCUGGAAGGAAUAGUUAUGCCUAAAAGUCACUCCCUCAAGAUUGCAAUCCUGGGGCUCCCCUGAAGUGGCCACAUGAAAAUAACAGGUGCUGCUCUUAUUUGGUUCUGCUUUAAAGCCAGGAGCUGGUCCUG